GUUUACUAGUUUUUUCUAGCUCAAAUUAAAGAAAAACUUUACUAUGAAAAAAGUUAAACCUAUAUGGAAGAGAGAAUUUAAUGAACUUGGUAUGCCCAUUAUUCAGUUUCAAUAAUUAUCAAUAUUUUUAAUAUUCGUUUCAUUUGUUACCUACCCCUUGUUUUUUGUUUAUUGGAGUAUUUUAAAGAGUAUCCCUAUGCACUAUAUAUCAGUUGUGCUUAGUGUAAGAGAAAAGGAGCUUUGAUAAUUAUAUGUGACUUGAAACCCAUUAUUUUUUUCCUAUACAUCCAUAAAUUGAGUGGUACUUUCCCCAUUCCAAGUAAUGACUUACCUGUAUAGUAAAAUUUGUGUUCCUUAAAAGUUCCUUAAAUUUCCUUUUAGAAAUUUUAGAAGAGAAAUUUAGAAGAAACUUGUUUUAACACAGAUUUUAUUUAAUAUUAAAUAUUAUAUUUUUGGUUCUUCAGCUUGAUUUCUGUUGCCAGGAACUUAGCUCUUACUUCAUUGGAUACCUAUAAUUGUAUUUUUCUUUGGUUAGUAUCCCAGUUUGUAAAAAAAAAUAAAAAUACGUUUUAGGGAGGGAUCAUUGAAAUUAUUUUAAUGUCUGUUUUGCCUGUUUACUUACUUAUUCACAAACUUUUCACAUAUCGCCCUUGUAUCUUAAUUUUUUAUGUUUAAUUCAUCCAGCUAUUGGCCAGUAUUGAUCAUCAGUUGUCUUAGUGGUGUUUUCACGUAUUUAGCCUAGAGUUCUCUCAAAAUACUAAAUACUUAUUUCUUUAUCCCAGUGCUUACCCCAGAAUGAAGAGAAAGGGAAUCGUUCUGAUAAGAAAUAUGAUGAAGCUAUUAAGUGUUACCGAAAUGCCCUCAAAUUAGAUAAAGAUAAUCUGCAAAUUUUGAGGGAUCUCUCUCUGUUACAGAUCCAAAUGAGAGACCUCGAAGGUUACCGAGAGACAAGAUACCAGCUUCUUCAGUUGCGCCCAACACAGCGUACUUCCUGGAUUGGAUAUGCUAUUGCAUACCAUUUACUGAAAGAUUAUGAUAUGGCACUAAAACUACUGGAAGAAUUUAGACAAACUCAGCAAGUUCCUCCCAACAAAAUAGACUAUGAAUAUAGUGAACUGAUACUGUACCAGAAUCAAGUGAUGAGAGAGGCAGAUCUAUUUCAGGAAUCUUUGGAACAUGUAGAAACAUAUGAGAAACAAAUAUGUGAUAAACUUCUGGUGGAAGAAAUUAAAGGGGAAAUGCUGUUGAAAUUGGGAAGAUUAAAAGAAGCCAGUGAAGUAUUCAAAAACUUGAUUGAUCGGAAUGCAGAAAAUUGGUGUUACUAUGAAGGCCUGGAAAAAGCUCUACAACUUAGUUCCUUGGGACCUUUUCUCCCCCAUGGCACUUUAGAAGAGAGGCUUCAAAUUUAUGAAGAAAUUAGUAAGCAGUACCCCAGAGCAAUUUCACCUAGAAGAUUACCUUUGAAUCUUGUCCCAGGUGAAAAAUUUAGAGAACUAAUGGAUAAGUUCCUGAGGGUUAACUUCAGUAAAGGCUGCCCACCCUUGUUUACCACUUUGAAAUCCUUAUAUUACAAUACGGAAAAGAUUUCUAUAAUCCAGGAGCUUGUUACUAAUUAUGAAGCCUCUCUUAAAACGUGUGACUUUUUUAGCCCUUAUGAGAAAGGGGAGAAAGAACCCCCAACAACACUGCUCUGGGUUCAGUAUUUCCUGGCACAGCACUUUGAUAAACUUGGGCAGUAUUCUUUGGCUUUGGAUUAUAUUAAUGCUGCAAUUGCUAGCACUCCAACUCUAAUAGAAUUAUUCUAUAUGAAAGCAAAAAUUUACAAGCAUAUAGGUAAUCUCAGAGAAGCUGCCAAGUGGAUGGAUGAAGCACAGUCUUUGGACACAGCUGAUAGAUUCAUCAACUCCAAAUGUGCAAAAUAUAUGCUUCGAGCAAAUAUGAUAAAGGAAGCAGAGGAAAUGUGCUCCAAGUUCACAAGGGAAGGAGUGUCUGCCAUGGAAAAUCUAAAUGAAAUGCAGUGUAUGUGGUUUCAAACAGAAUGCAUUUCAGCUUACCAGCGUUUGGGAAGAUAUGGGGAUGCCUUGAAAAAAUGCCAUGAAGUAGAAAGGCAUUUUUUUGAGAUAACUGAUGAUCAAUUUGACUUCCAUACUUACUGCAUGAGAAAGAUGACCCUUCGUGCCUACGUUGACCUUUUGAGAUUAGAAGACAUACUCAGGAGACAUGCCUUCUAUUUCAAGGCUGCUAGAUCAGCAAUUGAAAUAUACUUGAAAUUGUAUGAUAAUCCCCUAACCAAUGAAAGCAAGCAACAAGAAAUAAAUUCAGAAAACCUGUCAGCCAAAGAAUUGAAGAAAAUGCUUAGCAAGCAGAGAAGAGCUCAAAAAAAGGCUAAACUUGAAGAAGAGAGAAAGCAUGCGGAAAGGGAACGUCAACAAAAAAAUCAAAAGAAAAAAAGGGAAGAAGAGGAAGAAGAAACCAGUGGUCUCAAAGAAGAACUUAUACCAGAGAAAUUAGAAAGGACAGAAAAUCCGUUAGAAGAAGCUAUCAAGUUUCUUAUACCUCUUAAGAACCUUGUUGCUGAUAACAUUGACACCCAUCUAUUAGCAUUUGAAAUAUAUUUUAGAAAAGGAAAGUUUCUGUUAAUGCUGCAGUCUGUCAAACGAGCUUUUGCCAUCAACAGUAAUAACCCAUGGUUACAUGAAUGUUUAAUUAAGUUUUCUAAAUCUGUGUCUAACCACAGUAAUCUUCCAGACAUUGUGAGUAAAGUUCUAUCUCAAGAAAUGCAGAAAAUAUUUGUCAACAGGGACCUGGAAAGUUUUAAUGAGGAUUUUCUCAAGCAUAAUGCUACCUCUCUUCAGCAUCUACUUUCAGGUGCUAAAAUGAUGUAUUUUCUGGACAAGUCAAGGCAAGAGAAAGCAAUUGCUAUUGCCACUAGACUGGAUGAAACGAUAAAAGAUAAAAAUGUAAAGACUUUAAUAAAGGUUUCUGAGGCACUGCUUGAUGGCAGCUUUGGGAACUGUCAUUCCCAGUAUGAAGAAUACAGGGUGGCCUGUCAUAACCUGCUUCCUUUUACUUCUGCUUUCCUGCCUGGGGUGAACGAAGUCAACGGUCAGAACACAGCGCGCAGCCAAACAGCUAACUAUGAUGUCUUGGCAAAUGAAACUUGAAAUCCCUUAGAAAGUUGAUGCCUGUAAGACGCAAAGCUGAAUCCAGAUCAGGGUUUCCUUUCUAACUUGUAUUUUAAUAUAGAUAUGAAAUGAAACACAGUUGAUCCUUGAACAGCAUGGGUUUGGAUCGCAGGGGGUCCACUUACAUGUGGAUUUUUUUGAGUAGUAAAUAUGACAGUAUGGCGUGAUCUGCAGUUGGUUGAAUCCAUGAAUGUGGAACCCCAGAUAGGGAGUGACCGCAUAUGCAGAGGGCCAACGGUAAGUUCUAGGCGGAUUUUUGACUGCACUGGGGUAACUCUUGCUUUUGUUCAUGGGUCAGCUGUAAUUGGAUAGAAUUUUGAAAGGAGUUCUGUAAGCUUAUUUUACUCUUCAUCUGAUUCAGCCAGUUUACAUAAAUGUCUGUUAAAAUUACCUGUUUAUCCUUGCAUAGUUUUCUUAAACUUCUGCAUUAUCAGCAUUGUGAUGGGUGCUGUCACUUCAUAACUAUGAUAAUUUCUUAAUUAACCUGACUACAGCUCCACUAUAUUAUUUUCCUUAGCUCCUGGUUUCAUUUCUAAAUCUGUGUUUUGAUCCCUUAUUGAUUUGUUUUGUUACUGUUUACUUGCUUUUUAGUUAAAGUACAUCAAUUUUAAAGUGUUAAUAACGAUAUGUUAAAAACAAUAAGGAACUCCUUUUGGCAGAUAUUUAUUUAGAACUUACUUCAGUUUGACCUUUUGUCUAGCUUAAUUUUUGUGUGUGUGUGAUUUAUCAUUUCCUUUUCAAUAUUCAUGAAAAUGAUAUUUUCUGCUGAAUAAGGAUACUCCAGUUUUAUGUUGAUGAUUCAGUGUACAGGGAUUUGUUUGCCACUUAAUCAUGGAAAUUCACUGAUAAAUUUGUUGCAUAUCUCUCGAUCAGUCUUAAAGGCCCACAGAUGAGAAUUAUGCUUUCUUCACUAAAUUGCUUUGCGUGUUACCAAGUAGUUUAUAGGUGAGUGGUGUGCCACUGGGAAACAUAAUGGGGCAGAUUACAAAUUAUAAUGAAACAUGCAUACUCUUACAGCCAUGUGUUGACUAUUAAAUAUGUCUUUAUAUCAGCAAAAUGAGAAUUUAAACUAUCAACUAGUUUAACUCUUAAAACAUAGUAUUAUUGAGCAAUAUAUUUUUGGGAGGAUGACUUUUUGUUUUUUCUUGUACAGAAAACAGUAAUAGAACCAUUUAAUGUGUUUCUUUCAGAACCGUGUAAAUAUGUUGGUAAUACCAGUACUUUCUUUUAAGGCAACUAUAAAUUCAAAAGGGGAGAUUUUAUUUAGAGACAUAAUUAAAAUAGUUUUCCAUCACUCUAAGCUGAUACUUAGAUUCAUAAUUGUUGAGAGAAAAAACUAACUAUAAAAUAAUGUCAACCUAUAUAUGCUAUAAUAAAUUAUUUUGUA